UGACGUCAUAGGCGAGCAGCUGGAGGCCACGUGACAAGGGCGGGGCUUAACUCGGUUGAGCGGUGGCGCAGCGGUUAGUGCCGCUGCCCGGUCUCAGUUCGAUUCAAGGGCCCGGGGCUCGGCACGCGUCGCAAGCGGGCAGACGUGAUGGGGUGCUCCCUGGUGGUGCUGUCGCUGGGCGGAGUGGGGGCAGUCUUGGCCAGCCUGAUCCUCGCCAACACAGACUGGCUGCUUCCGCAGGCCGAGCCGGCAAAACUGGCCUACCUGGCAGAUGCGCCGCUCAGCUCGCUCGAUGGAGAGUCACGCAAGUUCCGUGCGGGGGAGCUGUGGCGGGAUAGAGGUGCGGUGGUCAUGGCCGUGCGGCGUCCCGGAUGAUUUUUGUGCAGAGAGGAGGCGAGCCUCCUCUCUGCACUGUCCCCGUUCCUCUCGGAGCACGACGUGCCACUGGCGGCUGUGGUGCACGAGAACGUGGGAACCGAGAUCAAGGACUUCCAGCCAUUCUUCCAGGGCCAGGUCUACCUCGACCAGGAGCGGAGGUUCUAUGGACCCAAGGAACGCUGGAUGUUCUGGCUGGGCUUCGUGCGCCUGAGCGUGUGGCGUAACUUCAUGCGCGCGAGGGAGGGCGGCUUCCAGGGGAACAUGCUGGGCGAGGGGCGCAUCCUGGGUGGAGUCUACGUCAUUGGUGCUGGAGACCAGGGUGUGUUGCUGGAUCAUAAGGAGCGUCAGUUUGGAGACAUUGUCAACAAGACGGCUGUGAUGGAUGCGGUGCGCAAAAUCCAGCCCAUCCUCAAAAAAUUAAAAUAACUACAAAUAUACGGGCGUUAACGGGCGCAUCCUCCAAAUCACCAGCUGAACUGAUCUAGAAGUCCAUUCGCACCAAUGCAAUUUUCAUACACUGGCAGCAUUUCUGGUAUUCAACACGCUGUUUCUGGAGGCCAUCGACUGGUUCAAUAUCUCAGCAUGAAUAUAAACACGUUGUUAACAAACUGUCCACUAUGUAAGGAUACUACAAUUAUAAAUCUGCCAAUAAUGUAAUUUGCACCCCAAUACUGGAUCGCUUUGCAAUGCUGUACUCUCGUGCACCAUACAUGCUUUUUGUAUAAGCAAUGUGGGUCUAAAAUGUUUACCCAGCUAUUGUAAUUAAUUUAAUUAUCUAAUGCCAAGUUAGUAUUAACUGAACGUCAGGGAUUUUUCCCGUGCAGGCAGAACGUGUACACACUCUGCAGACCUGAAAUUCGCUAUGGUACCAACAGCAGCUCCGCAAGACCGUGUGCUCCUGUAUCAAUGACGCCUAAACCGUAAAGGGUUAAUUAUCGCUGGGGUUUGGACUGACUUCAACAGGGGCCCACCCUUGGGGAGGGCAAGGUGGCAUCAUUGUGGUUUCUCAGGUGUCCAUGCACACCAAAGCCUGCUUGUGUUCGCUACGUUCCCUUGGUACCUUUGCCUUGUCUUGUGUGUCAAUGACGAGCUGUGCCCUAAAUUUACAGGACCGGUUCUGAGUAUUAGCAGAAGAUGGGGGAAGGCAGAGGGAGGUGCCUGCAAUGUGAAUAAAUGAGCAUUAACACUG